GCUGGAGGUUGGGGAUCUAAUUACCGGGCCAUAAUUGGGGGCUGGGGAAUAGGCCGCCGUCCUCUCAACUCGCUGCAGAUCAAUUAUGUUAAGAGAACAUCUGUAAGUAGAGCUUAAUGAGGUCCAUUAGAGCAACAUGCGCUGCCUCUCCCUAACCGGGCUUGUCAGCUCCUUGGAUGAGCCGGAGAGCGCUGCUAACUGGGGACCUGCUGGAGGUGCUUAAAUAGAAGAGGAGGGGAGGGAGCGAGGGAAGAAAGAAGGGAGAGAAAGGAAGCGCGCUCUGGUCGGUCUUGCCUUGCUGCCAACGGAAGAUACGAACCUUUUUUCUCGCAUGGAGGACGACAGAGGGGGGCUUUGAGAUCGAGAGACAUCCAGAGAGCGAGCCGGGGAAAGGAGUUUGAUCCGAAGCGCAGGAGCUCGUCACACGCACGCGGCAACUUUCCCUCGGUAUACAAAUGCUUUCCGUCCAGCCGGACACCAAGCCAAAAGGCUGUGCCGGCUGCAACCGGAAGAUCAAGGACCGCUAUCUGCUGAAGGCCUUGGACAAAUACUGGCACGAGGACUGCCUAAAGUGUGCAUGCUGUGACUGCCGCCUUGGCGAGGUGGGCUCCACGCUGUAUACCAAGGCCAACCUUAUCCUCUGCCGGCGGGACUACCUCCGGUUGUUUGGCGUGACGGGGAACUGUGCAGCCUGCAGCAAGCUCAUCCCAGCCUUCGAGAUGGUUAUGAGAGCCAAGGAGAAUGUCUAUCACCUGGACUGCUUUGCCUGCCAACUCUGUAACCAGAGGUUUUGCGUGGGGGACAAAUUCUUCCUGAAAAACAACAUGAUCCUGUGUCAGACGGACUACGAAGAGGGGCUGAUGAAGGAAGGCUAUGCCCCGCAGGUUCGCUGACCCCAGAACAACACUCGCUUGUGGGGAGAGAGCUGCGAGAGGACCUGAAAGGGGACAUGCAGUCAGACACCAAAAGCACUACCAUCCUCUCCAGCCCUUAUCCUUGAUAAUGUACAUAAGAAACGCCCACUAUGGGGCACUGCUGUACAGAAUAGCCAUAGAGACUUGUUGUGAGUGGGGAAGGGGGUUUUGCAAGUCCCCCUAAGCAAAGUGACACUGGUCUUGGAUAUUGCUGUGGCUCUUUUGAAACAACCCCCUUCUUUUCCCCUGCCCCAAGACCCAUGGCCUCAUGGAGACAAUCCACCCUAAGGCCUGACAACUCACACACAUUUACACACAUAAAUCUGCAAAAAAAAAAAAAAAAAAUGCAACCACAUUCUUAGACCCCUCACCACUGACCCCCACCACUCUCAGGCUAAGGAUGAUAAUGGAAAAAAGGGAAAACAAUCAUUGCGUGAUGAAAAGGUAUAAAUGUAGUCCUGUCAGCUGGGAGCAGGGGAGCCAUGUCAAUAUAAGACCUCAGGUCGAGGGGGUUUCCUUAUUUCUAUUACUUUUUUCUCUUUUGCUUUUAUGAGAAAAAGCUCAGUCCAGCUGAGCACAAGUUCGGCUCUUUCUCUCGCCUGUUUCCUAUUGGUACAGCAGACCUGCUGGAAUUGCUACACUGACACAACUUUAUUACUAAGAUUAUUCAUGUUCUGCUUGCUUUGUAUGUAAAACAGCCUCCAGAGAUCAUUGUCAGGACACUGUAGGGAUUCGGCACACAAGUCAGUUUGUUAUAUGGGGUGGGAGGGUAGUGUCAGAUUUACUUCUUUUAUACGAUGUAUUUAUUUGAACCCCUUAUUUUUGUUUGUUUUUGUUGUUCUUGUUGUUGCGCAUCAUACUGAGGCUUUGUCCUUGACAUGUUUAUACUUGAAUUGGAUCACUGUCCAGUUGCUGAGCCUCUCGUCCAGGCUUCACAAGUCCGGCCUCAUUACUGCACACUGACAAACACUUGUGGUAUGUUGAAGAACAAGUCAGCUCACAUAAACCGGAGGUCUAUAACCUCUGAUUUACCGGCUUCGACAAGUUUGUCGACGUGCAUGUUAACGCUACUGUACCGCAUUUAAGCAGCAUCCAACUGUCACUUCAGUUAACUUCUGAAAGUGAGGGCAAAGCCUCAAGAAAAGACAAAAUGGUGAUUUGUAAAUGGUGGUUGUACAUAUUUUAAAAAAAAUAAAAGUAUUCUUUUUGGCUUGCUAUUAAAUAAUUUUCUUUUAAGUGACA